AUGGCUUUGACUAAAAAACUUCUGAGUGCACGUGUCCAUCGAACACGAUUCAAUAUCGUCCACGCAAGCCAGGUGAACAGAAAAUCCGUCAUUGAUCCCAUUUCCUCCAGGCAUCAAGAGACGCCACCCAGGAGUAAGGUAAGGCCAAUACGACUGCUGGCACUACAUCACGGUGCGAUACUGGCCCUGCCGUCGCGCAAGACGAAGAAGAAUGAUGAGGAGAGCAAGCCUGAGAAGAAGAGGAAGAAGAGCAAUGUGCCCAGAGCGGCAAUGCAGAGAGCUAGCCCAGAUGCUGGACAUGUCGGGCAUGUGUCCGGGUAUCACGGGUUGUGA